UCUCUCUCUCUCUCUCUCUCUCUCUCUCUCGCUCCAUCAUCGCCUAUAUAACCACCUCGAGCACGAGCACUGAAACGCCUCCAUGGCUCGUGGCCUUCGUGUUUCACUUCAGCUUCGUUCCUAGAGCUAGCUAGCUACCUUCUCCUUCGAUCGUCAUCAGGGUAUAGUUACACCAAUUCCAUAGCACAGUCGCGCCAGCUCCUGAGAUCGAGAACUAGCUAGGAUUACAUUACAUUACUUCGAGAAACUGUUAAUUAAUCUUGCAUGCAGAGCUGUGUGUUUUGGAGGCAGUACUGCCUAUAUAGCUAGAGGAGCUCGACCUGGAGGAGUCGUGGGCGGGGGCGCAUCACCGGUCCGGCACCGACAUGCGCAGAGCGUCACCGUGGCACUCCCACCGCAGCAAGCAGCGCGCACCGUUCGACGACGCCGCCCUCUCCGCCGCCAACAAGCUGCCCUGGCCGUCGCCGCGACGCCCCGCCAGCCAUGCCGUCCUCCUUUCUGACCUCUCCUUCCUCUUCCGCUUCGUCGCACCUCUCUUACCUGAUCCCUGCUAGUGCUAGGCCGCCGCCUCCCCUUGCCAUGGGACAGGGAUACGGUGGUGCCACCGGUGGUAUCAGUGUUGUACCAACAGGUGGCGUCGUGGCGACGACGAACGCCCUGAAUGCCGCGGCGGCGGCGCCUCCGCCUCCGAGGCAGGGAUCAGCCAGCAGGAACGCGGGCGGCGCGGGCCACCCGCCGCUGCCGCGCCCGCCGCCGCGGCAGUGCCCGCGGUGCCAGUCCGCCAACACCAAGUUCUGCUACUACAACAACUACAGCCGCGAGCAGCCGCGGUACCUCUGCAAGGCGUGCCGCCGCCACUGGACCGAGGGCGGCACGCUCCGCGACGUGCCCGUCGGCGGCGGCCGCAAGAACAGGCGCGGCGCCAAGGGCGGCAGUGCGAAGGCGUCCGCCUCGGCGGCCGCGGCUGCGACGAACGUCCUCGGUGUUGGCGGCGCCGACACGUUCCCGGACUUCCUGCGGCAGCAGCUGUUGCAGUUCCAGCCAGGCGCGGCCGUGGGCGGGGGUGGCUACGCCAUCGACCUGGGCGCGUGGCAGCAAAUGUCCGCGGCCACGGCGCCGCCGCCGCCGCCGCAGGGGACCGGCGGCGAUGUCAGCACUCUUGGAGCAGCGGGGACGACGGCGGCCGAGGCGGAGGCCAACUGCGUCGCCUUGCAGUACUGGAGCGAAUGGCAGCAAGAUGGCAUGCCCGGCUUUGAUGGGGCUUGCUAAGUGCGUACUGCUAUACUAUAGACUACCAGUAGAGCUUGUAUUAGUACAUGUUCUUGCCUACUUACAUACGCUUAUAUGUCUGCGUGUAUUGCAAAACGUACGUAUACUAGUACACGAUCAGCUUUGUUUUCUCUACUUUUUGUGCUCGUAUUGUAUUAUGUGUUCUUAGCUAAAAUUGUGUGUGCAUGCCAACAAUACUAUGCUAUCUGGACCAUGGUCCAAUAUAAUCAUCCUAUUGCCAAGGUGGGUUUCACCUUGUUUGCUCA